UGGUGAGGGAACCUGCCUAUUCGGCCGGCGGAACUAAAGAGGGAACGAACUCUUUCUCCCCGCCUCAGGGCAUCUGCCGGGGUUGACCUGGGAGCCUCUCGCAAUCUGCGACCAGGCUAGGAAAAAUCGUCUUCGCCACCGUGGGGAGGACCACCGGUCUCCUCGGCUUCUGAAGAAAAGCUGCGCUGGAUUACGUGUGUGACAUGUCCCCAGCCAUUUCCUCGAAGGAUAAUAGCCGGCAUCGCCGGCCAGGCAACUACCGGAAUGCUCUGGAUGUGAUGCAGAAUAAGCCUGCUCCUCUAGAUUUCUAUGAAGAUGGCCCUGUGGACGCAGUCGGGAAAGAUGACAGGGAGGCUCUGCUUCAGGAGCCGCAUAUCCGGCCUGUGGAGUCUCCCCAAGACUAUAGAGCAGAGUUUGGCAAUAUCCUGCUCCUUCUCUUCCUGUAUGUGCUGCAAGGGAUUCCUCUGGGGCUUGCUGGCAGCAUCCCUUUCAUUUUGCAAAGCAAGAAUGUCAGCUACAAAGACCAGGCUUUCUUUAGUUUUGUUUUCUGGCCUUUCAGUCUGAAGUUGCUUUGGGCUCCCUUGGUGGAUGCUGUGUACUUCAGAAACUUUGGUCGCCGAAAGUCUUGGCUUGUGCCUACUCAGUACAUUUUAGGUCUUUUUAUGAUGUACUUGUCUGUGCGGGUGGAUUCUCUGCUUGGGGAGGUCAAUGGCCAAAGCCCAGAUGUGGUGGCCCUUACUGUGACCUUCUUCCUCUUUGAAUUCCUAGCAGCCACUCAGGACAUAGCUGUAGAUGGCUGGGCAUUGACUAUGUUAUCACGAGAAAAUGUGGGCUAUGCAUCCACUUGUAAUUCUGUGGGUCAGACAGCUGGCUACUUCUUGGGAAAUGUCUUGUUCUUGGCUCUUGAAUCAUCUUCCUUCUGCAACAAGUAUCUACGCUUUCAGCCUCAAGCCAAAGGAAUCGUUACACUUUCAGAUUUCCUCUUUUUCUGGGGUGCUGUUUUUUUAAUAACUACUACAUUGGUGGCGCUUUUGAAAAAGGAAAACACGACAAUAACACCAUCAAAAGAAGAGACAAAAGGAAUCAUGGAUACAUACAAGCUGCUUUUCUCAAUAAUCAGAAUGCCAGCUGUCCUUACGUUUUGUGCCCUGAUCUUAACAGCAAAAGUUGGUUUCUCAGCAGCAGAUGCUGUCACAGGUCUCAAACUGGUAGAAGAAGGGGUGCCUAAGGAACAUUUGGCUCUGCUUGCUGUUCCAAUGGUUCCACUGCAAAUCAUACUGCCUCUGAUCAUCAGCAAAUAUACAGCAGGGCCAAAGCCCUUGAAUACAUUUUAUAAAGCCAUGCCUUUCAGGCUACUGUUUGGAUUAGAAUUUGCUCUCCUGUUUUGGUGGACUCCCAGAAUAAAGUAUGAAGGAGGAUUUCCAAUCUAUUACUACAUUAUAUUAUUGCUGAGUUAUGCCUUACAUCAGGUUACUGUAUACAGCAUGUAUGUUGCUAUAAUGUCUUUCAAUGCCAAAGUUAGUGACCCACUCAUUGGAGGAACGUACAUGACACUACUUAACACAGUAUCCAAUCUGGGAGGAAACUGGCCCGCCACAGUAGCUCUGUGGCUUGUGGACCCACUUACAGUGAAGCAAUGCGUUGGAAUUCAGGGUCACAGCUGUGGGACUUCAGCUGCUACAGAACUUUGCUCAAAAGAAGGUGGAUCUUGUGUUAUUACUCUGGAUGGUUAUUAUGUGGAAUCCAUAAUAUGCGUAGUAUUGGGAUUUGUUUGGUGGCUGUUUCUUGGGCCCAAAUUGAAAAGGCUGCAGAACGAGCAACCGACAUCAUGGAAAUGCAGAAGCAUCAGUUAAUGAAAAUGAAAUAUCACAAAAGACUAGCUAAAAUUGCUGUAGCUUUGUCAUAUAACAAAUAUAUAAGAGAACAAGUAUCCACAUCUAAAAAUGGUCAGUUUAUACAUGCCAAAUGACUUUACAAAAGCUAAAGUCAAGUUAAGUACUGUAUGGAUCAAUUAUAAAGUUUGCCCUUCUUAUUCAAAAUGACCCUUAAAGGUUUUUUUUAUUACUUCAUAAAAACAUUUAAAAUCUGUUACUAUUCCGCUAAAUUACAGUUGUUGCCUUUCUUUCUUUUUAUGUCCUUAAAGUUACCUUUGAAGAAAAAAGCUGUCUUUAAAGGAACUUACAAUAAUUUUGAUUUAUAAUAAACAUUGAGUCUACAUGGUUAAAAUGUUUUAGAAAGAAAAAAAAUGUUAUAUAUAUAUAUAUAUAUAUAUGUAUAUGUUUUAUAGUGCUUUCCAAAUAGGUCAAAACAAUGAGGAUAACAGAUUCUGUCUGUUUUUUUGUUUUGCCUUGCUCCUAUAAAAUUUAAAGAUUUAUAAAAAAAAUAAUAUAUCUAUAGUAGUAAGAAUAUGCUUUUUUUUCUUUUAAAGUUCAGAUUUGGUUCCCUAUACUUUAUUUGCUAAUAGAAAUGGUUUCAUCAUUACGGUACUAAUAGUUUACAGCAUAAGUAGCCCCAAACCACAGAGGCAUUAUUAAUUGGUACUGAAGUUUUUCAAAAUGUUAAGACCAGAUAUAAAAUUGAUGACAACAGUUUUCACAUGAAAAACCAAAGUUAUGGUUUAUGAAGAAUGGAACAUACUUUUUCUUUCUUUCUUUUUUUUUGCGUGUGGGACCCAAAUAGGACUAAGCAGACUAUUUAGUGCCUUCUGGAAAUAAGUUGUGUAAGAUGGCGACCAAAUAUCUGUACUAUUAAAUUUUAGAACAUAAGUGUCAUUGUUAUAAAAUAUACCCAUUUCUGCUGAUAUCAGGAAUCUAAGUAAAUGUUUCAAUGAACAUUAGAGGAAAUCUUUUUUUUAGAAUCUAAUGAUGUCCAGUAUAAUGUAUAUCAUAUGUAAAUGGGAUCUGUAUAGCAUUUGAUGUAUUGUAUACAUCUUUCAUAUGAACAUUUAUUCAAAAAUUAAAACGGUGUCAUACUUUUUGAUACUGGGGUGAAAUACUGAAACACUCAUAUCAGGGAUAUGUCUCAGUUUUACUGGUUAUUUCAAUAAGUCAGUUCUUUCUGAAAUUGACAUUUUUGAUUCCAUGUGAAUCUUUCUGAUUUACACUGUUUUGAUGCUCUUUUCAGAGUGUGAAUAAAAUUUAAACCUCU